UCAACGAAAGACCCCGCUGCUUCUUUACUAUUACAUUUCCCCUAUUAUUUUCCCCCCAGCUUGUCUGUGUGCUCCGCAGUGUUUGCUCGGACAGACUCGGAGCCUGCGAGUGGAGUAGUUGGUGUAUCAUGGCUGCCUGGACACAAAUCUGAGCAUACUGUGUGUCUCUUACUCCUUUUAACCCCUUACCCUAAGUUGUUAGUGUUUGUGAAGUGAGCAGUUCUCGGAGAUUUUUUUGGAUUUUAUCAGAUUUUUGUGGAAUUUAUCAUUCAUGUCCAUGCUCAAAAAUGCAGCCACCACCGAGAAAGGUAAAGGUGACGCAGGAGCAGAAGCUCACUCAUGCUGAGCAGAUGACCAGGCUGCACAUCAAACACCAGACAGAAUGCGACUUACUGGAAGACAUGAGGACCUAUAGCCAGAAGAAGUCCAUCCUGGAGAGGGACUAUGCACAGGCUCUGCAGAAACUGGCCAGUCAGUACCUGAAGAGAGAUUGGCCGGGCAUCAAGCCGGACGAUCAGCACACAGACUACAGGAAUGUGUAUGCGGUGUGGAGGGCCUACCUGGAGGGCACGGUGCAGGUGACUCAGUCUCGCAUCAAUGUCUUCGAGAACUACAAGAACGACAUCACGGACCCGGCCAAGACCGUCCGGCUCUACAAGGAGCAGCAGCUUAAGAGGUACAUCGAGCAGCUGGGCCGCAUCCAGACGGAGCUGCAGGACUCAGUGAAGGACCUGGCCAAGACCAAGAAGAAGUACCACGAGCUGGAGCAGAUGGCACAGGCCGUCCGGGAGAAGGCAGACAUCGAGGCCAAGUCAAAGUUGGGCCUCUUCCAGUCCAGGAUAAGUUUACAGAAAGCCAGCGUGAAGUUAAAAGCCAAGAAGAACGACUGCAACUCCAAGGCCACCCAUGCCAGGAACGAGUACCUGCUAACUCUGGCCGCGGCCAACGCGCACCAGGACCGAUACUACCAGACUGACCUGAUCGGCUGCAUCAAGGCUCUGGAUGGGAAUGUGUAUGAGCACGUGAAGGACUAUCUGAUCUCCUUCUGCCGGACGGAGCUGGAGGCCUUCCAGGCCGUGCACAGCACCUUCCAGUUCCUCCUGGAGAAGUCCAGCCGCGUGAUGCAGGACUUCAACCAACAGCUGUUCAUGCAGGAGAAUCCCGUUUUCCACAAAGCGCAAGACUUUCAGUUCCAGCCCAGCGACAGUGACGCGAGUCGUCAGCUGGAGUCGGAGACGGGCACCACGGAGGAGCACAGCCUGAACAAGGAGGCCCGCAAGUGGGCCACGCGCGUCGCCAGGGAACACAAGAGCAUCAUCCACUACAAGAGGGCUCUGGAGGAGUGUGAGACUCUGGGGAUGCCGCCUACUGAGCAGGGCCGCAACGACAUGGAGCUCCGCAUAGAGGACGCCAAAGAGGCCAUCCGCAAGGCAGAGACUGUAAAGCUGAAGGCGGAGGCUCGUCUGGACCUGCUGCGCCAGGUGGGGGUGUCGGUGGACACGUGGCUGAAGAGCGCCAUGAACCAGGUGAUGGAGGAGCUGGAGAACGAACGCUGGGCGACGCUACCCACCCUCACCAACCACGACCCCUCUCUCUCGACGACAGUUGAUCUGGAGCGAGAGGACGGGGAGGAACUAGAGGAGAACAUGGAGGUGUUUGACGACAGCAGCUCCAGCCCCUCGGGAACGCUGAGGAACUACCCCCUCACCUGCAAGGUGCUCUACUCAUACAAGGCAUCGCAGCCGGAUGAGCUGACCAUCGAUGAGCAGGAGAUGCUGGAGGUGAUAGAGGAUGGAGACAUGGAGGACUGGGUGAAGGCGCGGAACAAGACGGGUCACGUGGGCUACGUCCCGGAGAAGUACCUGCAGUUCCCCACCUCCAACAGCCUACUGAGCAUGCUCCAGUCCCUGGCCACGCUGGACACGCGCUCACACACCUCCAGCAACUCCACCGAGCCCGAGCUGGCCUCGAGCAGCACCAACGGAGACGCCAGCAUGAGCUUCGUGAAGGCCAUGUAUGACUACGAGGCCCAGACGGAUGACGAGCUGUCCUUCCCCGAGGGAGCCAUCAUCCGCCUCCUCAACAAGGACACCCAGGAUGACGACGGCUUCUGGGAGGGCGAGUUCAAUGGCCGCGUGGGCGUCUUCCCCUCCGUGCUGGUGGAGGACCUCAACGCCACCGAGAAUGGAGACUCGCACUGGGGACACGACACCACACAGCAGGUGUCUCCCUGCCAGAGGGGCCACUCUUCUCUGCCGCCGCUGCCCCUGUACGACCAGCCUCCUGUGGGCAGCAUGUACGCCAGCCCGGACUGUGGCUCUGCCAAACCUUUACCCCGCUCACCCUCCGUCAACGGAGAACACAAGCUCAUGCCCCUCCCGCACAAAGGACCCACACACAACCAUAGACCGCAGACUUUAAGUCCUGAUGGGCCUGGGUUUGCCCCACAGCCGUUGAGACUAACCCCAGAUGCAGCAGGUCCAAGCAAACUGCGCCCUGUGCGUGCAGCGCCGCCCCCACCCAAACCGCAGCAGCAACAGCAGCAGCAGGCUCCACCCAAACCGCAGCAGCAACAGCAGCAGCCUCCACCCAAACCGCAGCAGCAGCAGCCUCCACCCAAGCAGCAGCAGCAGCCUCGUCGACCAGGACCAGCCGAGAAGACGGAGGAGGUGGAAAUCACGCUGGUGUAGCAUCAGCACUGCCCUGCCCUGCCCUCUCCUGCCCUGGUGGCCUACCGCAACCCAGACUUCCCCUGCCCUGUCCUGGGAUUGUCCUGGGGCCUACACUGCAAAACUGGUUCAGGAGUAAACCAGGUUAAGUUUAGAGGUAAAUCCUCUAAUAGAAGAGCCUAGAUUCCUCAUUUUCUUCCAGGCACAUUUAUGAGGUGAUUUACCUCUUAACCUGGUUUACUCCUGAACCAGCUUUCCACUAUAGACCCCUGGUGGCCAACAGCAAUGCAGACGUUCCCCUCCUUCCCUCUCUCCCUCCCUCCCUCCCUCCACUGUGUCCUCCCUCUCGCUACUGGAUAGAGGGCAGGUCUUCAGAGAACAGCAGACCAAUACCCUCCUCUUUUCAUACAGGAGAACAAACGGGUGUAAAAAAAAGUUACUCCCUCCCUCCCUCACUCCCAACAAACUCAAGACACUCAAAUGCGCUGCCCUCCUCAUCCUCUGUCACGGACUGUCUGGUGCCUUAAUCACUCUCAUGCCAAAACACACAAGUCCUCACGUCUCUCCUCUCUCCACACCCUGAACUGCCGAGCGGAAGGGGAAACUCAAACGAAAAAUUCCAGGACGUGUUUCUUCUGAGGAAAUGUUUUCUUGACCCUGUGGAACUAGAUUUGGGGGGGAAGAAAAACAACCAACCAACCAAACUGUACCGUGACUGAAGAUUUUGAGGACCCUCGUUUGCAUGUUGAAUCCCCCAGUUUGAAAAAUCCCUACAUGAUGUUGAUGGUGUCGUGUAGUAUUAUCUGGAGUUAGCCCAGUGGUGUGGUCCGAGUGCAUUCAUUUUAUUAGAUCUUGUGAUCAUAGCCGCAAAAUGAAUCCUACCUGCUAUUCAAAACCACAUUUGUAAUAAUAACUGUCUAGAUGUUCUAGGAGAAGAAAAAAAAAACAACAAACAACAGUAGUUGGAGAAUCGUAGAAACAAAAAACAGAAGAUUUUCUAUUUGUUUCUGUUAAUUGGUGCCACAGCACCAACGUGACCCCCUUAACCCACAUGGGGGCUGAAAAGACGAAUAUCAUGUAGCCUCUUUUUUUGCAAAAUCCCUAGUUGUUGAUGUGUCAAAGGAAAAGCUUUGUUAUUCUGUCUGAAUUUUUUUCAUUACCUGCAAUCAGCAAUCAAGAUGCACCGCGGAAAAGAGAGCAGUUUUUUUUCUGAGGUAUAAAAGCUGCCUAGAUUGGCUAUUUAUUUUCCUUUGCCAGAGGGACUUAGCACGUUCACAUGUGUACCGCCUGCAUAUUCCUGUGUGAUUUGUGCAAUGCAGAACUAGCAAAAAUCACAUGAAAACUUAAAAUAAAGUCCUUUUAUUUUCAGUUUUCAAGUGUUUUUGAAGCAGGAAAGAGACAGCUGUUACACUGCUGACAUACAAUAGGAGCCACUUUUUAUCCCCAUUCCUUCCACAUACCACUCAACUUCCAAUGUGUUUCCAGCCGGACCUCGCAAAGAGUAAUCAUGAUGCAGCCGAAAACUAGAAAAAUGCACUCAAGAGAGUGCAGACCUCCGCCAAGGAAGCUGUUUGAUGGAACGUUUGACUUACACCCUAUUUUUUAAGUCUUUCUGCCUUCUUUUUGUGGAGGUAGAAACUGGAAGGUCAAAAUUCACCUUAUCCCGCAAUUGUGAAGAAUCUUUUUUUUUUUUAAUCCUGGUUCUGGACUGUGAUCCGGAUCACCACCAAAAAUUUAAUCACUUAUUCCUUUCGUCAUUUCCCAGAACUUCACCAAGUUUCACCAAAAUCCGUUCAUAACUUUUUGCGUUAAGCUGCUAACAGACAAACCAAGGUGACCGAAAACAUACCCUCCUUGGCGUAGGAAGUAAAAACAUGGUAGAAAAUGAGUGGCUCCUUCUGUAUCGGGACAGCUGAGAGAUGGUGACAAAAGGAAGCCUAGGCCUUGGACUAUAAAUAGUCAUACCAAUACCGUGUUUAAUGUGCAGCAUUAGUACAGUACAUUACUGUCGUCAUAGGAAUGUUCUGGAAGUAUGUGCAACAUGGCGUCAUAUAUAUCUAUUAUAUAUAUAGCAAAAAACCCUGAAAAUAUUUCCUUCGUUUGAAUGAGUAGUGAGUUUAUAUUACUUCAUCUCCAGGAAGAAGGGAGUUGUAAAGGACCAGUGUGUCUGUCGAGGAUGGCCAAACGGGGGGGAAGCAGUGGAGGAGGAGAGAAUAGAUUGAUUACGAAGGCUGGAUCCUUCAAAGUCAUCUACUGUCUGUCCAUACUCCACCCAACACUCCCAUGCUCUCAACCCCCUCCUCACCCCCCACCCCCCAUAUGAAAGCUGUGUUGCUUAUCUGCUGUUCAAUCUUUUCUCUUGAGAUAUUAUCUGAGUUUCUCAUAUUCAUUCUGUGAUUCAUUGUUCCUGCGUUACUUCUACUAAGGGUACCUUAGGAGCAAGGGAUACGGCAAUCUCCUCUCUUUAUAUCCUUCUGAAAUAUUGCUCAACUGAUUAUCUCAAGUCAACCUCCUUUGCCUUAGUUAUGUCUUGUAUAUAUUUUUUUACUCUUUUACUCUUACUCCAAAGGUACCCCUAGGAGGAGUAACUUAGAAACAACUGGUCACAGAAUGAUAUGAAUAUGCAUUGUAAAACAUUGCCAGCCAUUUAAACAUAAACAUGUAAGUUGCCCUGCUGCUGCCUUAAGUUUUUAAGUUAACUCAACUUGAGUCGAGGCUCAACUCAAUUUGGGGCUUUCUCAAGUUGAGUUAACUUACAAACUACAACAGAAGGGAGACUUACUUUUUUACAUGUAACUGGCUGCAAUGUGUGCAAUUACAGUGUGACAAGCCCAAAUCUAUCUUAACAGCAGAUGAGCAGCACCGCUUUCCUAUGGUCCCUUUCUCUGCCCCUGCAGUUCCAGUUACGUGGCAAUCUCUGAUGUUUUUGAGUAGUAAUAAUCACUUUCAUGGAUAUAUUAUCUCUUUCAAGCUCUUCCCUUAUGUAGUUGGGCGUCUGUGCAUAUUACUAAUAUUUAGUCGUCUAAAGUGAAAAGGACAGAAGAGAAACGUUUAAGGAAAGAGAAGUGAAGUCUUGUGGCAUGUCCUGGGAGUGUGUGCAUGCGAGUUGUGUUGGUGGUCCUACCAUAGACGUACGACGUGUCUAUAUAAUGUCUAUGGCUCCUACCAUAGACGUAUAUAAGACGUGUCUAUAUAAUGUCUAUGGCUCCUACAGUGCCUCAUUUGGUACGUACACUCCUCCACUCACCUCCCCAGCUCUGCCGGCAGACUAGUCAUUUAUAUAUUACACAAAUCAAUAUCUCAGCAUUUAGUUGAAAGUGCAUUAUUUUUUAUCAGAUUACUUUUCUCUCUCUCUCUCUCUCUCUCUCUCUCUCUCUCUCUCUCUCUCUCUCUCUCUCUCUCUCUCUCUCUCUCUCUCUCCCUUUUUCUCUUGUACUGUGUAAACACUGUCGAUGACAAAUUGAGAUGUAUUUGGCUGACUGUUGUGGCCGUAUUUAUGGAUACUAGAUUAUGGAUUGUUUAUCUUUCUGAGGCAUUCGAACCUGACUGUCUUUAGCAGAGAGAGAAAGUUAACAUGGGGCAUAAAGAGGUGUAUGAAGUAGAGGUAAAAGAAAAGUAAAAAAAAAAACCCUCCUUAGGCACAGCGGUAUAUUGCAUUACAUUACAUUACACUUUUAUUCAGCAACUUACAUUUAUUUACAGGGUAUUGGUUACAGUCCCUGUAGCAAUGUGGGGUUAGGUGCCUUGCUCAAGGGCACCUCAGCCAUGGAGUGCAGUAGGGAGUGGAAGAGUUUGAUUUGAACCUGCAACCCUUCUGAACCGUCACAACACAACAGCUGUCUAAACUAUGUAGUACUAUGUUUCAUGUACUUACAUUCAUUUACUUAAAGAUUCAAGAUUCAAAAUGCUUCAUUUAGCUAAUAUGCAGCCAUGCUAUAAAAUCAGACCUUUACUUCAUACACCUCAGGUGUCAGGUGCUCCCGAACCAGACGUCAGAGUGCAGAAUGCCCUGGUGAGUUAGGAUGGCAAGAGAGAAUGGCGAUGGCCACUCCAGUUAGACAGGGGGCAGCCUUGAUCUUUAGUUGUGUGUGUGCAGUAGAGAGCUUGUCUCGUUAUUUUGUUUUCGUGUUUUGAUGUGAUAAUCCCCAAUAUUGCCCUUGAGUUGAGUGAGGCACAGUGAGAUAUUAGGACAACCAGCACCUUGAAUCAAAUGGAAAAUGACACCCACCAUCGUUGUUAUCCUGACUUUUUGCCCCACUAAUCUCUAAAAAAAAAUUUGACUUUUUUUUAUUUAUUGACUAAUCAAAAAUAUUCUUCCCUGUCUGAGGUGAUAUUUAAUGCUUAACAUGUAAGCAACUAUUCAAUGUCCUUUGCAGCACUUUCAAACCUUUUAUUAUUUUGUGUUUUUUAAAGUUGUGAUUCUCAGUAUUUUGAAUGGCUCCCCUUUGCCAGUGUCUUAGCUGCCCAGCGUUUGGUUAUUUGUUGUUCAGAUUGCGUGUGUGUGUGUGCGUGUGUGUGUGUGUGUGUGUGUGUGUGUGUGUGUGUGUGUGUGUGUGUGUGUGUGUGUGUGUGUGUGUGUGUGUGUCCCAUACCAUAUGGGAUGCCAUGGAGAAACCCUGCUAUGUUCAUGUGAUUAUGUGCAUUGGAUAAGCAAUGCAAAAUGGAAUCCUUUUCCCCCUGAGGGUGAGAUGAGGAUGUUGUUGUAAAUCUCUAAAGAAAAAAGCAAAUGUUUCUCAAAUGGAUUAUAAAAAUGUUCAACUGAAAUAAGAAUGUGAAUUAUUCUGCCGGCGAGGAAGCAAAAAUGUGUCUGGAUUUGUAGCUAAAUGGAAGGGUAACGGUGUUGAAAUAUCUGCUCUGUUCAUCUCUUAGCACUCAAACAUGAUCUUGUCUUUCUUAGCGCUCAAUCAUGAUCUUGUCUUGUUGAUCUCUUUUGAGAUCUUUUGAAUCUUAUCAAACUUGUUUUGAAGUUUAUGGUUUACAGCUGUGUCCAUUGUGUCAAAAUAGCUGUUUUUCAACCCCAUAAAACAAGAUUUUUCUUCUCUGUUAUUUAAUAAGAAAACAGUUGUCAUGUUGAAUCUUUCAGGCCAGUUAACUUUUGGAAUUCCAAAAUACAAAGUCAUUCCCAACCAGUGGAUAUCAUUUCUAAGUAUUGCUUUUUCAUUUGAAGAUUAUUUUUAAGAGCUGCUAAAAAAAAUCUGGUAAUAAUAACAAGCUUUCUCUUUAGACUGUUGUCGAGGUGACAAUAUCCGAACACACAGGUGCAAAAUCCAACAUAAUAUUAGCUGUACAAAUUUGUAUUUAUUGUGUACAAAUGUUAAAUA